GCAGGGUUGGGGUGGGCCGUGCCGGCCUGGGUUAGGGUUUGGGGCGGGUCGGCCCUUACUGGGUCUAAGGAAGAUGGUGUUGGGUGGUUACCCGGUGAGUUACUUACUUCUCUGCGGCCAGGCGGCCUUGCUCCUGGGGAAUCUACUUCUGCUGCAUUGUGUCUCUCGGAGCCUCUCGCAAAAUGCUACCGCCGAGCCAGAGCUCACAUCCGCCGCCCACCCGGAGGUCUCCACCGGUACUCCGAGCUGGGAAUAUGGCGAUCCCCAUUCUCCAGUCAUCCUUUGCUCCUACCUACCUGAUGAAUUUAUAGAAUGUGACGACCCAGUGGAUCAUGUUGGAAACCUAACUGCAUCCCAGGAACUUGGUUAUGGUUGUCUCAAGUUCGGUGGACAGGCCUACAGUGAUGUGGAACAUACUUCUGUCCAGUGCCGGGCCUUACAUGGAAUUGAGUGUGCUGGUUCUAGGACCUUUCUACGAGAAAAUAAACCUUGUAUAAAGUAUACCGGACACUACUUCAUAACCACUUUACUCUAUUCCUUCUUCCUGGGAUGUUUUGGAGUGGACCGUUUCUGUCUGGGGCACACUGGCACAGCAGUAGGGAAGCUGUUGACGCUCGGAGGACUUGGGAUUUGGUGGUUCGUUGACCUUAUUUUGCUUAUUACUGGAGGGUUGAUGCCAAGUGAUGGCAGCAACUGGUGCACUGUUUACUAAAAAGAGUGACCUCGGGGCCCAGGGAAGUAAUGAAAGCUCUGUUUUCUGAAUUAUUCUCGGCAGUGCUGAUCUCAGACCUGACCAUUUGGAGGGAACCAGUUUGAGUAAAAAGACUACUUUGAAUUUUUAACCCAGAUUUCACCCUUUCACACCAGACAAGCAAAGUGUGUUGUACCUUUCCUCAUAAUACAAAAUAUAAAGGAUAGUGACCAACUCAGAAGCUGUGGAAGGGUUUCCAUAGUCUUUAUUUGUGUGUACUUUGGCAUCUUUGGUCCAUUGAAGCACAUGGAGCUAACAGGAUGAGUAAAGUGAGUAUUUUUAUCCACAAGCCUUUUGUGACCCUGAGUCUUCAUGCAGAGGAGAACUGAAGCUGAGUCAAUGAAAACCUUCAGCAGAAGUAGAAAUUGGCCAUGGAUUUUACAUACACUGAAAUUCUAACUUUCCAUAUUUAAAUUGCACAAUAAAUUUUUCCAACCUGGAGUGGUGCUGUAUAAGUAUUUUCAACAGAUAGAGUGAAACUCCAAACUGAGCUUAUUUUGCCAUGAGGUAGGGAUUUGAAAUGAAACACUCUAUUAAUAAAUCCUGUUGUGUCACCACUGUUAUACUUCAGAAGCAGUAUGUGCUAUGCUACACAUGUUUCUACAUUCCAAUUAUGUUUUGAAGGACAACGCAGUAUCAGACAUGUGAAUUGAGCUAUUCCUCUGGGCAGAAUUGUCCUUUCUAAAAUUUAAUAUUUAAUAGUUUAUAGAGCCCAUGUUGUGAGCUGAUAAAGAUUUCAUACAAAUUUCUGUAAAACUAUUCCUUGUGAUUAGGUAAGAUAAAGUGAGGAGCCUCAUGCCCUUGGAAAGAAAGACACAUUCCUACUUAAAGGGUAUUGAACACUAGGGUAGAACUAGGAUGUGAUUUAUGAGGGGGGGGGAACUGAACACAUCCAGAACUCAGAAUAAGCAUGGUAUGAAAAACUCACCGUGGGCUUUAGCAGUCAGAAACAGAUAUAGCCAAGCUUUUGCAUUCCCAAAUCACUGAGAAUAGAAGAAGUAUGCCAAAUUACAAAUAGUUUUAGAGAUUAUUUCCCAUCCUUUACAAUCUAAGUUGAAAGAACUAUUACAUGUAAAAUAAAAAGUAGACUUUGUGGCCAAGUCAAACUAAUAGCCAGCUAUUCAAAAUAACUUGCAAAGUCUAGAAACAAUCAAAGUAGAACUACUCAAAGUUUAUCUCAUAAUAAUUGACUUUUAAUACCAAGAAUCAUGGUUGAAAUAGCUUCCCUGGACAUAUUUAUUUCAUAGCAGCUUUCAUAAGAACUUCUGCCUUUUCAUUCCUGAUUAAUAUGAUCACUGUUCUUAUAAUUAUUAAAGGUGGCAACGGUAUAAAAAAUGAAUAUAGAUGGUUCCCUUUUAUCUUGAAAGUUCUGUACCACACUAACCUUGGCUUUGCUUAUAAUAGUAACAAUUAGUAGACUUUUAAUUCAGAAGCUCUAUACCCAGGCAGUAUAUUUUAAAUUGUCAGGGAUCAAGAAGAAAGUAGACUCUUUCCCCAGAAAAUACACAUACACAUAAAAGUCUGCAUAGAGUUUAAGGGGGCUCAAGGAUGCCAUACCUUUUUUAAAAAAUUUAAAUCUUACCCAAAAGAAACCUUUAAACUUUACCAAGUCCUGACUCAUCCCACACCUUUUUUAAAUCUCCUAAUACUCAGAAACCACGUCAAAGGUUGUUUCCUUUUUAAAAAAAGAACAAAAACCUUUGGCAGCUCCAAGAUUUGAAAUCAUUAAUGUUGCCAGGAAAAAUAACUUGGGUAAAAAGAUAAACAUCUGUAAAUUAUUAAAGAAGCCAUUUAACAGAAAAAGCCGUUCUCAUCUAUGGCAUACUACCCUGAAUGCACCCAAGCCUGUCUGACCUCAGAAGCUAAGCAGGGUCAAAUCUGGUUAGUACUUGUAUAGGAGAAGGAUCCCUUCUCACAGUCUGGAAAGCUGUUGAAGACAAAAGUUUUUUCCAUUUCUAGAGAUAAUUUGAGUAUCAUGAGUGUUCUGUGUGUGACCAUCUGUAAUUGUCAGUUGCUCUGUGACUAUAAAUGAUGCCCAUCCUCUCUAUCCACAAACCCCAACCAAAUGUGAUAAAACUUGAAAAACUCACUGACCAAAAGAAUAUU